AUGGCCCUCGAGUCCUCCCUCACCCUCCUCGAACAGGCCGACGACGUCGCCUCCACCAGCCCCCAGCGCGCCGAGGAGCUCUACCGCGAGCUUCUCAACAACGACCAAGUGGAUGAAUCAUCCCUGAGAGAUAAAGAGAGUGCCUUGCUGAAGUUGGGGUCUUUGUUCAAGGAUCAAAACCGGGUCAAUGAUCUCGCAGAGUUAGUAACAGCUUCCCGAAGCUUCAUGUCCCAGGUGGCCAAGGCCAAGACGGCCAAGAUCAUCCGUGGCUUGCUUGAUAUGUUCCCGGUCGAGUCUAGAGAGUUGCAGAUGAAGGUUACGCAGGACAACAUCGAGUGGGCUACGAAGGAGAAGCGGGUGUUCCUGAGACAGAGCUUGGAUAUCAAACUAAUCUCACUGCAACUUGAUGCCGGCCAAUAUCGACCAGCUCUGACUGCGAUCGAGGGUCUAUUGAAGGAGCUCAAGCAAUUAGAUGACAAAAUCAUCCUUACCGAGGUCUACCUUCUCGAAUCUCGAGCCGCCCACGCCAUCCAAAAUCACACACGGGCCAAGACCGCUCUCACUUCCGCCCGAACCACCGCCAACAGCAUCUACUGUCCUCCUAUACUCCAAGCCCAGCUUGAUCUCCAGUCUGGUGUCAUCAUGGCUGACGACAAGGACUACAAGACUGGCUACUCCUACUUCUUUGAGGCGUUUGAAGGUUACACGCAGGUGGCAGAGAAGGAUGAGCGAGCGCUGAAGGCUCUCAAGUACAUGCUUUUGUGUAAAGUCAUGAUGGGUUUGCCGGAUGACGUUUUCUCCUCCUUGCUUUUGAAGAGCGCUCAACCCUAUGCUGGACGUGAUCUUGACGCUAUGAAGGCUGCAGCUGUCGCCCUCAAGGACAGGAGUUUGGAGAGCUUCAAGACCGCUUUGAAAGACUACACCCAGGAGUUGCAAAAAGACCCUCUAAUCCGAUCCCAUCUUUCAUUCCUCUACGACACGCUUCUUGAACAAAACUUGGUCCGAAUUAUCGAACCGUACUCGAACGUUGAGAUUUCAUGGGUCGCGGAAGAAGUGGGGCAGAGCUCGCAGGUGGUCGAGGAGAAGUUGAGUCAGAUGAUCCUUGAUGGCAUCUUCCAUGGCGUUUUGAACGAGUCUCUCGGGACACUCGAGGUCCAUGACCAAGCGGCCGAAGAACCAAUCUACACUAGUGUUUCAGACACCCUCAAGAAUGUGAACGAGGUUGUCAAGAGUCUCUACGACAAGGCUGCGCAGGUGGUGUAA